GUUUCAAUUUUUUUAUUUUUUCUGGUGACCGCCCCCGCCUAGAAUUGCCUCACAUUUGCCGUCCCUCGUUUCCCUCCGCCGCUGCUGCCCUUCGUGUUCAAUAGUGCACCCGCGGCUCAUCGAGAACUUCGCCGCAUAAUCAGGAGAGGCGGAGUUUCAUUUCCUGGAAGAAUGGAGAGCGAAGGGAAGAAGAGGGAAACAAGAAAUCGGAUAGCUUUGACCGGAGCAGCUGCCGUUGCGACCGUGGCAGUCACCUGCGCCAUCGCCGCACUGAGCGCCCACAUCAGGAAUCGCAGGAGAAAAGUGCCUUCGGGAUCAAGUGUGCGGAUAAAUAUGUCUUCAUCUGAGAUACUGAGGUUAGCAGAUCACAUUAUUGCAAAAUCUAAGGAGGUUCAUGAUAAAGUGGCUGCAGUUCCGCUUGACAAGGUAUCGUAUGCCAAUACUAUACUACCAUUGGCUGAAUUAGAAGCACAUCAAUUUCCACUGUUACAGUCUUGUGCAUUCCCCAAACUGGUAUCUGUUUCUGAAGAUAUUCGUAAAGCAAGCAUGGAGGCAGAACGGAGAAUUGAUGCUCAUUUCUCUGCAUGCAGUAAGAGAGAAGAUGUUUACCGUGUUAUUAAAGCUUUUGCUGCACGGGGGGAUGGGUUGAGCUCGGAAGUCAAGCGAUUUGCACAAUAUUUGGUUCAAGACUUUGAACGGAAUGGAAUGAGUCUGACUUCAAGCAAGAGGGAGGAAUUAGAGAGGCUGAGGGCACAAAUAGAUGAGCUGAGUAUGCGAUACAUCCGAAAUUUGAAUGAUGAUAGCAAAUUUCUUCUCUUGCGUGAUGAAGAGCUACUUGGUUUACCCACAGAGUUCCUCAAGAGUUUGGAGAAGGCUGACAAUGCUAAAUUCAAGAUAUUGUUGAGGAGCCAUCAGAUUUCACCUAUCCUGGAGCUAUGUAAGGUUGGAUCGACCAGGAAGUCUGUAGCCAUGGCUUACGGAAAGAGAUGCGAAGUGAAUCUUUCUGUAUUAGAAAAGCUAGUUCAGCUGCGUCAUAAACUUGCCAGAUUGCUUGGCUACAUGAAUUAUGCAGACUAUGCCAUUGAUCAUAGAAUGGCAAACUCAUCUGCAAAGGUUUUUGAGUUCUUAGAGAAGAUAUCUGGAAGUUUGACUGACCUUGCAUCCAAGGAACUUUCUCUGUUAAUGGAAAUGAAGAGGAAAGAAGGGGGAGAAAUUCAAUUUGGAAGUGAAGAUAUGCCAUACUAUGUCAAGAGGAUCAAGGAACAGCAGCUUGAUUUGGAUUUUGGACUUUUGAAACAUUACUUUCCAAUCAAUUUAGUUUUAUCUGGAAUCUUUAAAAUAUGUCAAGAUCUAUUUGGCCUGAGAUUUGAUGAAAUAUUAGAUGCAGAGGUUUGGCAUCAAGAUGUGAAACUUUUUUCGGUUUUUGACUUGGGAACUUGUGAACUCAUGGGUCAUUUUUAUCUCGAUUUAUACACCAGGGAAGGAAAAUAUGGCCACACCUGUGUUGUUGCUCUUCAAAAUGGUUCAUGGAUUAACAACAUCAGACAGAUUCCAGUUGCUUUACUUAUUUCCCAAUUGCAAAAGGAAGUUGAUGGGAGUCCUGGGUUGCUAAGAUUCUCUGAAGUAGUGAAUUUAUUCCACGAGUUUGGUCAUGUGGUCCAGCAUAUUUGCAAUCGUGCACGGUUUGCUAGAUUUUCUGGCUUACGCUUGGAUUCUGAUUUUGUUGAAAUCCCGUCCUUGUUAUUAGAAAAUUGGUGUUAUGAAAGCGACUCUCUUAAACUGAUCUCUGGUUUUUAUCAGGAUAUCACUAAGCCGAUUGAUGAUGAGAUGUGUAGAUCGCUUAAGAGAUGGCGGUUUUCAUUCUCUGCACUGAAACUGAAACAAGAAAUUCUUUAUUGUCUUUUUGAUCAGAUCAUACAUUCCACAGAAAAUGUUGACAUGGUCGGAUUGUUUAAGCAUCUCCAUUCCAAGGUUAUGCUGGGAUUACCGAUGCUUGACGGACUAAAUCCGGCUUCAUGUUUUCCUAAUGCUGCCAUUGGCUUUGAGGCCACUUGCUACAGUCGGUUAUGGAGUGAGGUUUUUGCUGUUGAUCUAUUUGCCACAAAGUUCCGUGACGACAUAUUCAACCAGAAUACUGGCAUGCAUUUCAGGAACAAGGUAUUGGCUGCCGGAGCUGCAAAGGAUCCUUUGGAGAUACUUUCUGAUUUCCUCGGAAGGGAACCAUCGAUUCAAGCCUUUCUAGAAAGCCGAGCUCAUUCCAUCUAGAAUGAAAACAGCACGGUAUUCUCUAACCGCUUGAUUCUUGCAGAAUUUCCAGUCACAUGCUACAUGUGACCUUGGGGAACACUACCACCGCCUGUGAUGGAACUGUAUAACAGCUGCAGUAAAGUGUAACGAGGUAAUGUAUACAUUUACUUGCCUUGUGUAUAAUCAUUGUUAAUAAGAGUAGUUUUGGACAAGGCUUUGUUCAUGCGUCAUUGAUAUUGGUUUGCAUUGGAGAGAACAAUGAUGUUGGCUUUUAGGUAUCUCUGUGGAACCUUAGGACCUAAGUUACCCCUUGUUUGUGUUAGACAUUGUCCAAGCCUUUCCUCGACUGAGCUUACAAGUUGGUCCAGUCACUUGGGUUGUUCACAAAUUGUCCCUUGAUUAUGUUUUGAGAACCAAUCCUUGAGCUUAGGUGUGGGUAUGUAUGAUUUACCCAACUUCGUAA